CGUCCCCAGCGCCGGCGGAGGCGGCCCGGCGCGCGGCCAUGGAGCGCGGGCUGCACCUCGGCGCGGCCGCCGCGGGCGACGACGACCUCUUCGCGCACAAGAGCCUGAGCGCGGCGGCCGCCAAGCGCCUGGAGGCGGCCUUCCGCGCCGCGCCCCCGGGCAUGGACCUGCCCCUGGCGCCGCCGCCGCCGCCGCCCCGGGAGCGCCCCGCGGCGUCGGCCGCGUCGCCCCUGCGCGGCUUCGAGCCGGCCGACCCCGAGGGCGCCGGGCUGCUGCUGCCGCCGCCGCCCGCGGGAGGCGGCGGCGCGGGCGUCCCCGGGCUGCUGGCGGGCGCGGCCGGCGUGGGGGGCGACCCCGGCCUCAGCGCCCUGCCGGCCGGGGCCGCCCUGUGCCUCAAGUACGGCGAGAGCGCGAGCCGGGGCGCGGCGGCCGAGAGCAGCGGCGGCGAGCAGAGCCCCGACGACGACAGCGACGGCCGCGGCGAGCCGGGGCUGCGCGCCGGGGGCGCCGACCCGCGGGCCUCCCCGGGCGCGGGGGGCCCCGGCGGCGCCAAGGCGGCCGAGGGCUGCUCCAACGCGCACGGCCACGGCGGCGGCAGCGCGCCCCCGGGGGGCCCCGGCGGCGGGGGCGGCGGCGGCGGCGGCGGCAAGAAAUCCAAAGAGCAGAAGGCGCUGCGGCUCAACAUCAACGCGCGCGAGCGGCGGCGGAUGCACGACCUGAACGACGCGCUGGACGAGCUGCGCGCGGUCAUCCCCUACGCGCACAGCCCCUCGGUGCGCAAGCUCUCCAAGAUCGCCACGCUGCUGCUCGCCAAGAACUACAUCCUCAUGCAGGCGCAGGCCCUGGAGGAGAUGCGGCGCCUCGUCGCCUACCUCAACCAGGGCCAGGCCCUCUCGGCCGCCUCGCUGCCCAGCUCCGCGGCCGCCGCGGCCGCCGCCGCCGCCCUGCACCCCGCGCUCGGCGCCUACGAGCAGGCCGCCGGCUACCCGUUCAGCGCCGGGCUGCCCCCGGCCGCCUCCUGCCCGGAGAAGUGCGCCCUGUUCAACAGCGUCUCCUCCAGCCUCUGCAAACAGUGCACGGAGAAGCCUUAACCCCCGCCCCCCCAGGACACUAGACCGACCCCGGAGCCGGAGGAGAGGGCGAGGCCGCCCCCCGCCCCUCUCCCUCCGGGCCUCUCGCACUUGCGAGGCGCUUGCGAACAAAACAGAGGCGAAAACUGAGAAGUAUCAGAGACAAGCGGGACUCUGAGCCUCGACAUCCCCAGAAUCGCGGUCUUUGCGGGGGGGGGGGGGAGGGGGAGCUGGGAUG